CCCCCGCCCCAGGCAUGGCAGAGCCCCUGAGCCCCUGCGCCCCGCGGGGCCAGUGUCAGCCCAGCGUGGGUGCCAACGCCUCGUCAGCCAACGGGGACACCAACGCCUCCUCGGCUGCCUCGGCGCUGGUGGGCGGCAGCACGUGGAGGGGCCGGGAGCCCUUCUCCAUCUUCACCAUCCUCGUCCUGACCCUGCUGGUGCUCCUGACCGUGGCCACCUUCCUGUGGAACCUGCUGGUGCUGGCCACCAUCCUGCGAGUGAAGGCUUUCCACCGGGUGCCACACAACCUGGUGGCCUCCACGGCAGUGUCGGACGUGCUGGUGGCGGCCCUGGUGAUGCCGCUGAGCCUGGUGAAGGAGCUGUCGGCCGGGCAGCGGUGGCGGCUGGGCCGGGAGCUCUGCCUCGUCUGGGUCUGCUUCGACGUGCUGUGCUGCACAGCCAGCAUCUGGAACGUGACCGCCAUCGCCCUGGACCGCUACUGGUCCAUCACCCGCCACCUGCAGUACACGCUGGUCACCCGCCGCCGCAUCUCCAACUUCAUGAUCGCUCUCACCUGGGUGCUCUCCGCUGCCAUCUCCCUUGCCCCCCUCUUUGGCUGGGGGGAGACCUACAGCCCCGAGCAGGAGCGCUGCCAGGUCAGCCAGGAGCCCUCCUACACCAUCGUCUCCACUGGUGGGGCUUUCUACCUGCCUCUCUGCGUGGUGCUCUUCGUCUACUGGAAGAUCUACAAGGCCGCCAGGUUCCGCGGGGGGGGCCGCAGGAGGAACGCCGUGGUGCCCGUGCCCGAGGCUGCCCAGGUGAAGGAAGCUUCGCAUGAACCACAGAUGGUGUUUACAGCUCGUCAUGCAGCUAUCACUUUCCAGACAGAUGGAGAAACAUGGAGAGAACAGAAAGAGAAAAAGGCAGCUCUGAUGGUUGGCAUCUUAAUUGGAGUUUUUGUACUGUGCUGGAUCCCUUUCUUCAUCACAGAAUUAAUAAGUCCCCUCUGCUCCUGCAACAUCCCACCCGUCUGGAAAAGCAUCUUUCUUUGGCUUGGCUAUUCCAACUCUUUCUUUAAUCCUCUCAUUUAUACAGCAUUUAACAAAAAUUACAACAAUGCCUUCAAGAACCUUUUUGUAAAGCAGAAAUAAAAGGGGGCACAGAGGAGAAAAUGAUUCCUUUAUUGCAUAAUGCAGAGAUUUCCCGAGGAAAACAUGCCUGCGGUAUGUACAGCUUUCAUGCGCAAGAGCUACUUGAGGGUAUUUAGGAACAAUGAAAAAGAAGGUGGAAGAUACUUGGAUAUAAACCUACCAAGAGUUUACAGUUUCUCCUUGGAAAUACAUACAUCCUGCUCCAGGGUUGGCAAAGAAGACUGAAGCAGUGAAUACCUCCCGUCUGCUCUUUGAAUCAACAUGUGUUCAGGUCUGCACUGUAUGUGUCUGAUACCAUGACUGUCAAAUCUAACUGACCCGAUCUCAUCUAACCAGCUACAGGUGCCAUGCUAUGGUGCUCUCAUCAUUAGCAAAGGCAUCAGUGGGAACUGCUAAUUGAGCAGUACUGAAAUGUUUGUGAUAGGGGCAGGAUGCUGGCUUCAUUUUUGAGAUUUAUUUGGAAGGGAAUAAACAUGCUGUGUUCGAUUAGUUGUUGAAUUGAUGUCAAAUUAAAAGGGAUGACAAAGCAGCUCGAAACCACUCUAGUGUGAUUGAAGGGCUGCAUGUUGUCCAGCAAGCAGCAGGCCUGACAGGACAUCUUGGUGAAAUACAGGUCAGUUACAUCCCCUGGGGUUAAGUGAAGUUUGAGAGCCACAGGUAAAAUUGUUCAGAGCUACUGAGAAUGUCCUCUCACUGCUUGCACAGGAGAUUUCACCUGUGUUGUACUCUCUCCCUCUGCAGGGCUUAAGCUCUCCCUGUUUUCUGAAACCUAAGUGAGCUCAAAAUAGACACCUGAUACUGCCAAGUGAAGGGGGACUGUAUGCAUUAUUAUUUCACGCUACCAUAAAACUAAGCAUGCAUUUAUGUGACAAAUGCCAAACGUUGUCUUCAUUCAGCAGGUUUGCUGGCAGCAACAUGUGGCUGUGUGGCAGCGGUAGGUGGCUAUCUCUACUGCACUGUCUGGGGUCCUUGCCCCAUAAAUGUUGUGCUCAUCACCCUGCUGAGUGAAUUCCACAAUUUGUCAGCUUGCAUCAACUUCCUCCUGCUGUAAGAAAAAGAUUGAGGUCAUCAGGUCUAAGUGACUCCAAACACUCCAAAAUAACUAACUCAAAACCAAGCCUGAAAUUGUUUCUUAUAGUUUCUAACAAACACUUGUCCCAAUGGGAUAUACCUAAAUAAAUGAAAAGAUAAGUAUUUCCAAGCAUACUGCCAAGCAUCUCUCUGUAUUUGUUCUUCUAGGGAGUUUUACUUCCUCCCGUUCCCUGAGGCAGGGCGGGAGCCUGACAGCAACUCUUAAGUAUUUUUAGCAUGACAACUUUUUUACUGACAGAGUCCCAGCACCCUCUCCUAUGUUCUCCUAAAGCUUCUUUAGGUAAGGGCAAAACAGCUGCGAUGGCACUGGACAACAUCACAACUGCUUUUGGAGCUGAGGUUUAACCUUUUAUGUUGCCUUUCUGUGCCAGUUUUGUGUUUGCUGCUGCUUAAGCAAGCCUUUGAUUAGAAGCAUACCCUCGGGCAAACACCGUAUCUUGAUCUCACUGCAGCAUAUCACACUCAGCCUCAUCUCUGACUGUCACCAAACUAAUGGGCAUCAUGUGGAUGCGAGUGCUGACCGUGAAACUCCUACCAAAUUCUUGGUGUCCUGGCAGUCUCUCACAGGCAAUGGCAGCUCGGCAUAUUUCCAUCAGCUAGGAACUGACCUACUUAACAGCCAUGUCAGAGAGGUUUUAUCAAAGUAGCUUGUGUAUUCUGAAAAACAAAAAAACGAUGAAUGAUGCAGCCUUUAGUUGCUCAACUGUAACGCAGCAUUUGCUGCAGUGUGGCCUGAAAUGAUUCAUGUACCUGGUGAUGUCAAUUGAGCUUAAUGCCAGGUAUAUGGGCAACUCAGAAAUUGCCUCGGUCUGUCUCCUUUCUAAAUAAGUGAUUUAAUGACCUCAAAGCACACAUUCCUCCAGUUCCUUAAGGGAACCACCCAGCCUCAUCUCACUAGCACAGUGUAUGGCCAGGCCAGGCACUGCAGUACUUCACACCUUGCAGUGCCAAGAAAUUCCAGUGUGACCUGCUGUGUCUGCAGCCACAGCCACCUGUGUAUCUUACGUACCUGCCGAGGAUGCUUCACCUCUCACUUUCAAUGAGAAUUUAAACAUUUUAAUAACCUAGAAUUUGAAACAGAGUUGUUAGAUAGCGGCUCAGACUUUUAAAUGCUAAAUUAAAAAAACCUCCCUUGUGAAUCUCAAUUUGCCUGCAUAUGGAAUAGCUACAGUUCAAACUAGUGUUUGGAGGCCUAAUUAAACCAGAAGGAAGACACAUAUUUAAGAGUCUGAAAGUUACUAAAACCUGCAGGCCUUGUUCAGAACCAUUGAUGAAUUUUUCAAGUGAAUUGAGUUUUUCACCUUAAAAUCCAAACGGAUGACAUGGAAGGAGAAAAUGAAGAGGUCAUCUUAAGCUGGUUGUUGGAAAGCAUACAGAUCUGCACGUGGCCACUCCUGAAGUUGCCAGUAAUCAUGCUUUGGCCAAAUUUUAGUGCCUGUACCCUGUCUGCCUGGUAAGACAAGCCAUUACUAGCAUGCAAACCAAAUACCAGCCCUGCUGCACUGAAGUUAAGGCCCAUCAUACUCUGGCUGCAGCAGCAGCAGCCAGAUUUCUCCCAACUGUACGUGCCAGCUGACUAGAAGGACAGGCUCUGGUCCUGGUGCAGGAACCCUUCCAAGAAGUGACACAGAUUUUGAAGGUACAUUUUACCAUGGCUUGGCAUCUGGAACUUGUGAAGGCACCAUAAAGCCAGGCGGCUGCUCUGCAGUUUGCUGUGGCUGAACGCUUGCACUGGUUUUGCUGCACAUAGAUGUUGAAGAUGCAGCAGUGCCAUCUUCAGCUAGCUUGAGAACUGGUAGCAGGGCUACUGGCAUAGCAUACAGUGUAGCUCUCCACCUCCUCAAAGAUGAAUUUAGCUUCCUUAGGAGGUGAGUCUGAGCCUCUGUAAUUAUACUGUGAGAAGUUCUCGAGAUAACUAGUUUAGUGCUCUGCCCACCCAAGCAUCUGUGACAGCAGUGGGUUGUUACAGAAUGACAGGCUUCCACUGAAAGCAGCCUGGCUUCACGCUCACCCAGAGGCGACAAUGAACAAGCAGAUUCAUUUCACUACAGCGGUUUUAGAAAGCUGCUGACGGAAUCGGCUUCCCACACUGGCUCUGUGUUGGUGUUUAGAAAAGCUGUGGCACGUACUCAGGAUUUAAAGCGCUGGUUUUUAGUCAUAUGGAAUCUGAGCUUAGUUUGGGGGAAAGAAAUCUGUUACCUGGGCUUAUGGCCUCAUGUGCUGGAUGCUGCUUCCCACUUAAAGCAGGAAAAAGCAUUAUUAUCCCCUGGCCUGCACCACAAGCACAGUUUUACUCACAGAUUUGUGUGCCACACUCAGUAACUUGGUACAGUGGGAGCAGAACUCUUAGCUAGUCGUCAACCUUGAUUAAAAAAAGUUGGAACUGUGGAUAAUUUUCUGCCUCCCUUGACACUUUAUGAUUAAUUACUCCCAUUAUUAAAACUUGCAACUUUAUUUUAAUUGAAAAAAAGAGGAAAGAGUAAAAUCGAGCAUGCAAGCAUUCCUCUUUCUGCCACUUCAAACAUUAAGAGUUUAGAACUUACGUUAUUGCGGUGUGGUUAUCCUUGGCUUCAAGACAGACCAAAGAAACUCCAGAAAAUAUAAUAACUCCCGUGUGAACCAAAAUAAAUAAUAAUCAAACUCACUAUUGACUAUUGCUCAGCAGAAAGGCACUGCUGUAUCCUGCAGCAAGGCUCCGAGAUCCCUGCAGCUAUAUCGAAAUUAAGGCCUCAGUUUGUUGUGUUGUUGGAAUCCACAGAUCAUACACAGAUCAAAGGAUGUGAACAGAAAAUGCUAGUAACUUUCUGUGCUCCUCUUUCCAAGAGACUGACAUCCAUGCUACAGCUUCCACAAUCUAUUUUCCGUAAUCUAUUAUUGUACCCAGGAGUUCCUGAUCUUUCAACCGUACUUCAGCCUCACCAUCUAAAAAGGUGUUUUACAUAAGAAUUCCCAAGCCUUUCCCACAUGAAGAUUGACGGGGUGGGGGAAGAAAAGAAAAAAAAAAAAAAAAAAGAAAAGCAAAAAAGAGAGACAUGAAGGGUUUGGUCAUGAGAACACACAUUUACAAACCCUUGUGAUCAGUACGUCAUAAGCUAUAGUCUACACCACAGCCACCAAGCCACCGGGUAUUAAGAGUGGCUGAUUACAGGAACAUGCUGCUGAGCAUGGUGGCCCCCAGCCCUGCCUGAACACUGGGGAAGGGGCAGCGCCUGCCUCCAGCUCCAGGGAGCCAAGCCUUCCCAGCUCCCAUGCCACUGGCUGAGUCCACACAGGCUGCAGCCAUAGCUGUGCCAACACUGCAUGAAUAAACAAGCUCGUGUCCAUGAAGUUUUUUUAGAUAAAAAGACUACCCUAAGCGUAUGCCAUCCACCACCCAAGCAAGUAAGAUUUGUGUAUCGCCUCAUCCACGUUCUACUUACAUGCCCGACUUAGCAAGGCUGGCUCUCAGGAGGUGGGUGUACCAGCAGCACAAUUCUCUAGCCGUUUUGCAUGAGUACCAGCACCUGUACAGUGGGACCUAAAAAAAGUAAACCCUUUUCCCUCAUGCAAGUAAUUUUACAUUCCUAAAGAAACUUCAGGAAAGUUUUGCUGUCUCCUAUAUGGGUGGGUAUACCUGUCUCUGGAGCACAAAAGAGUACAAUGUGCCACUUUGCCACACUGUGAAAUGCUUUUGCAUGUCAUGCAUUUCUUUUCCAUCAAAUACUGUUUCGUUCACGAACCUACACACUAAGGUCACACUUCAAUAUGCAGAUUUUUCAUGAGAUAAAGAUGAAGAAGGGAAGAAACCUUAAAAAAAUACUGAUCAUCAUCUCUUGCCUUCAAAGAUUUUCUUGUAUUCAAAUCAGCAGUGACUUGGUACAGUACUCCAUUCAUUUUGACACACUGUAAAAAAAAGAUUGUCUGGAUUUUUUCAUGCUUGGAUUAGGUGUACAUCAUUGACUGACCUCUCAAAAGGUAUUUUACAAAUGCAUUUGUGGAACUGCAUGUAAAGAAAACUGUCAUGGUCUAAAAGGUAAGUGUAUGCCUUAAGUUCAGAGUCUGUCAGCUUCUGAAGCAAAGAGCUGACUUACUUCACAGCACUUCACUCAUCAGCGUAUCAGACUAAAUUUAUUGAAAUGUAAAUUAAAGCUCUAAGCAUGCUUUAUCAAAUAAAAAAAAGUUUUGCUACAAGCCGCAUAAAUGUUAUUUUACAAGCCUGGUAACAGCAAAAUAAUACAGGGCAAGCUCCUUCUCUUUAACCAGUCAAAUAAAUCAGCAAUACUGAGGUAAAAUUCUGGGAAACUCUUAGCUCCUCCUCACAACCAGCUGAAAUGGAGAAUUAAGACAGAUUCUACUUGCUGUAGGUUUGUAUAGUCCUUUGCAUACAGGCAUCUACACCCUCAGAAUUUAGUGCUUUAGCUGCACAGCUCCAAUCAAACUGUGGGCAUUAAAAAUAUUUUUAAUUCUGUAGAUCAAAAAAAUGAAUGCAGUAAUUAUGCAAAGACUUUACAUCUCCACAAAGACAUGGUAGACAUUAAACUUACCGACUUAAAGGAAAAUAAUCACUUCAAAGCACUGCUCUCCUUCCUUUGCAAGCUCCACUUAGAAGUUACCUCCUGACACUGCCCUUCACUUUGUUAAACAGCUGUCAUUAUUUUACUGAAAGCCAAAAUUAACUCAAUUGUUUCUGUUUAGCAGGACUGUCAUGUUUAUAACUGCAAAGCAUCUUGGAUAUGGUUCCCCAAAAUCCCCAUCCCACAAGCAGCCAUAGCAUGACGCAUACUUGUUCCUCCACACCAGAACUGACUGGGGACAGCCUGAUCUAGAGGCUAAGCCUGACAGUCAUCAGGUUAAGCACAGGAGGAACAAAGCCGGCUGUUAGUAGAGGUGCCUCUCUCAUUUUGGUGCCUCCCAGAAGAAAUGAUACCCCCGGCACAAACAGCCUGCCGCAGAAAGCAAGGAACAGCUGAUAUAACUUUUUUCAUACCUCUCCAGCCUCUUUCCUCUCUUUUUCACACUAGAACCUGAAAGCAAAGAUAAAAAUGUCCAUCUGCCCUGGGUUUCAAUCUACUGUAGAAAGAAAUGGACUCAUUAGGGUAAGUUACAAUCUGGACUCAGAUUUAUUUUCUAUGAGCAAAAACUGGGUCUUCACAAACCCCAGAUUUACAUCUUUGUCAAAAUCACCAAGUCCUUGCUAGAGCAAUGGAACUGAUGUUUUUAUAUUCCAUGUUGAAGUUUCCAGGUGACUGUGUGUGUAGCAGGUAAGCAUUUAGUGUUAUACUGAACAAAAUCACAUCAUUUAUUCUACAUGUGAAUUCAUUACUUACCCUACCUGGGAAAUUCUGUUCCAUAGUAAAGCAAUUUUCAUUAAAAUCAUAAACCCAAUUGAAAUGUCCAUUCAAGUUUUUGUUUUCUUUAGAAGUGCAUGGUAUGUAAAUACACCACAGCUUGAAUUCACAGACAGGUUAUCUUGGUGCUGCAGACUGUCUCCUGAUAUCAAAGCUGACUACAGAAAGUCUGCAAGUAGCACCCAGUGCAAAUAUCCUGCUUUGAAGGAACUCUGAAUGUAAUUUUUAAUUUCUUUGAAUGUACUCCGAGUAUAAUUUUGCCUUCAUUAUUUCUCCAGCUUUAGGAAGACUGGCUUUUUGAAUAGAUACAAGAGGAGCAGCCCGUAUAUAUUCAGUCACUAACUAGUAUGGGGGAGUAAGGUACAAGCUGGCUCAGUAUGAAGUUUUUCUUUCCGUUUGUACUGAAGGAACAGGAAAGGUGUUCCACUUGGCACAAAACCAGUCUCAUUUAUGAGAGGGUACAUCACACCGCACCUGGUCUACCACAGUUCUGGUAGCUCACUGUGUGCAUUUUACCUGGACAGAGCACCAACGAUCUCCUUAUGCAGCAAGGCUUAACAACUGCCCAUGCCUCUCCGUUCGCAAUGCUGCAGAGUUUGUAUAAACCCACAUGCUAAUAUCAAACCUUCUGUUAUAUUCAAAAGGAGUGGAAUCAGGUAUUGUACAUCUCCGCUGAGAAUUCUGUAUUGUAAGCAGAUGCUUAUAGAAGACAAGUGUAACCUUCCAUGGACCUCCUCUGCAUAUAAAAGGUUCGAUAGUUUGUACCAAAUACCUAAACACCAAGCUUACCAAAAGCAGCAACGGAAAACAAAAUAUUACCGACUGCUG